AAUAGUUUGCUAAAUAUUGAUAGAAAAGACUAAAUCUUUAACCGCAUUUAUUUGAUUAUCCUGAAAAUCUGUCAGACAGAAACUCUAUUUUUAUCCACCUUCAUUUUUACCUUCAGAGCAGCCUUCUCCAUAGCAACUAGAAACUUCUCCGGGCUGGAAUAAUCCUCUCUCACUCCCAGCGCACAGUCAAGGAAUUUUAAAAACAGAGAACUUUGAAACCACAAAAUACUCCCAGAGACUUAAAGGCCGGUGGAGCUCGGAUGAAUAAUCACUUCUCUUAAGAAAUUCCUCUGGCUACAAGUUUAUUCUGCAACUGGCCAUCUACCCAUCCCCAUCUGAGACGGAGUCAAGGUAAAGGAAGAGUGGAAAUGUGCUUCUGGACAAAGGUCUCAGUAUUUUUGGUGCUACUGUUCUGUCUCCUCAGCCUUGGGUCCUCUACUGAGACAGACAAGCCCUCCAGUCAGGAAGACAGCAGCACUGGGAGUCAGGGCCAGCUGGCAGAAGUCCUGAGGGUCCUCUCUGCUAGUGACCGCCCACCCCUCAACCAUUCACAAAGCCUCAUCAAAACUCUGUUGGAGAAGACCGGGUGCCCACGGAGAGCAAAUGGAAUGCAAGGGGACUGCAAGCUGUGCUUGGAACCAGAUGCUGUGUCACUCAUAGUAGGGGAAGAUUUGGAAGAUCAGUCUAGAGAGGAGGUGGUCCAGAGAGUUUCUCUUCUCCUCCUCUACUACAUUAUUCACCGAGAAGAGAUCUGUUCUAAAAAGCUCAACAUGAGCAAUAGAGAGUAUACAUUUUACCUGCGUAGCCUCCUGGGCCUCAGGCAGGAUGAAGACUCCUACUUCCUUUCAGAGAAUGAGACUGAAGAUAUCUUGGCUUUCACCAGGCGGUACUUUGACACUUCUAAGAGCCAGUGUAUGGAAACCAAGGUCCUACAGAGAAAGUCUGGAAUACAGGGCAGUGAUGGCGCCGAUGAAAAGACGCUUCCUUUGCUGGCCACCAACAUCAUUGCUUUCUCUCUCCAAGGGAUUUGCCUGGGGAGAAGAAACUUGCCUUCCCCGGAUGAUUUUACGGAAUAUAUUUUCAGUUUCAUGAACCAUUCCGGUACCCUCCACCUAUCAGAACUAGACCAACUCCUCAACCUACUCUUGACCAGAAGUGUCUGUACCAAAAGGGAUAAAAUCCAUCAACAUGGAAAGAAACAGAACAAUGUAUCAAUCCAUGAUUGGGGUGACCCUAAGACAUCUAUAACUGAGUACAAAGAGUCAGAUGAUCAUUCAGUGUCCUGGGAUCAGACUUGCUUCUCUGCUAGGCAGUUGGUUGAGAUAUUUCUACAGAAUCACCAUCCAUCCAUCUCUAAGGAAGAUUUUAAGCUGCUGAGUCCAGGGAUCAUCCAGCAACUACUCAGUUGCUCUUGUCAUCUGCCCAAGGACCAUCAAGCAAAACCCCCACCCACCACUCUGGAGAAAUAUGGCUACGGCACCGUGGCUGUGACGCUCCUCACACUGGGUUCCAUGCUAGGGACAGCACUGGUCCUGUUUCACAGCUGCGAGAACUACAGUCUUGUUUUACAACUGUUUGUGGGCUUGGCGGUGGGGACCCUCUCUGGAGAUGCUCUACUCCACCUCAUCCCUCAGGUUCUUGGUUUACAUAAGCAGGAAGCUCUAGAGUUUGGACAUUUACAUGAAAGCAAAGGACCUAUGUGGAAGCUGUUGGGAUUAAUUGGAGGCAUCCAUGGAUUUUUCAUGAUAGAAAAAUGUUUUAUUCUUCUUGUAUCACCAAAUGCCAAGCAGGGACUGCCAUUGGCUAAUGGGCAUGUGGAGCAUUCCCACCACCUUGCACUCAACUCUGAAUUAAGCGACCAGUCAGGCAGAGCCAAAACGACUUCGACUAUUCAGUUGAAAGGCCCAGAAGAUUCACAGGCAGCUGAACUCCCCAUAGCUAACACAACAACCUCCAACAGAAAAUGCAAGGCUGUCAGCCUGCUGGCAGUAAUGAUACUGGUUGGGGAUAGCCUGCACAAUUUUGCAGAUGGCCUAGUGAUAGGUGCAGCCUUCUCAUCUUCAUCUGAGUCUGGAGUGACAACGACAAUUGCUAUUUUGUGCCAUGAAAUUCCACAUGAGAUGGGAGAUUUUGCAGUGCUGUUAAGCUCUGGACUCUCCGUUAGGACUGCCAUCCUGAUGAAUUUCUUGAGCGCUCUGACAGCCUUUGUAGGACUAUACAUCGGUCUCUCGGUGUCUGCUGAUCCAUGUGUCCAAGAGUGGAUCUUAACAGUGACUGCUGGGAUGUUCUUAUAUUUAUCCUUGGUGGAAAUGCUUCCUGAAAUGACUCAUGUUCAAACACAACGACCCUGGAUGACGUUUCUCCUACAGAACCUUGGGUUGGUCCUAGGCUGGCUUUCUCUCUUACUCUUAGCUGUCUAUGAACAAAAUAUUAAAAUAUAAGUUGAGAUUCUUCAACUCCUUCCAAAAUAGGCCCAUGUGGUCAUGUUUU